AUGAAGCUCCCUGCAAUCGAACCUGAGGAUAAGUUUCCUCGUGUCCCAAACGCUCUUGCAUUUAUAGUCUACCGAUUCUUGCCGGUUUUCUGUCUUACCACAUUCGCAUGCUGGUUCCUCCAAAGACACAGCCUUUUUGUCAGUGACUGGGAUGUUUACUGGAUGUUUAUCGUGAUGCUUACCUGGAUCCCUGUCGCCAUCGGCAAUAGCUGCAGUGGUGAAAAUGAUAGGAAGGGAAUAAUUCGUUGUCAAGAUACUAUCCUAUCCAAAAACUUCUCUCCACCCGAAAAGCUUUCUCAGGUUCUAUUGCUUCUCGAAUCCUAUGAUGAAAGUAGAAGUCCAAACUUCCCUUUCGGAUUUCCUAGGAAAUCAUGGACGGCGGAACAAAGAAAGAGGGAAAUCCAACUCCAAAAAGAACGCUUCGCAAUUUUUCUGUCUGGUUCGCGACAAGGAAUCCCAAGUUUAUCAUCUCUUCGCGAACACCUCUAUUUGUUCCUGGUGUGGAUGGUGACAUCUUUCCUGAUCGUUCGUGUUUUGCGUCCUGAAAUUAGAAGCUGGGACCAUUUCCUCGGGUACUUGACGCUUGGAAAGAUACACCAUGUUAUAUAUUUCGUCUGCAUUCUAGUUCUGCUUGGUCGCUUCAAUUUUCAAUAUGGUAUAUGGACUUCCUGGAAUGUGGCAACACUGGGCUGGACCGGCAAACACAUUCGUUGCUACUGCGGAAGGAUUGAAUACGAAAGGACCACCGAAAAUAAGCGCACAGAGUUGGAAUGGUGGAUUGAGGGGAUAUUAAGAGACAACAGCGAUUCGUUUGCGUUGGCGGAAGAAAGAAGACGAAUUAUCAUUGCUCCUAUACAAAGGAUGAUUCGCGAGAACACGUUUUGCGAAGGACUUGCAAUGGCCGGUGAAAUAAGGGCUCAAAAACAGCGGGAAUUGGUGUAUCAAAUCUGUAGCGAUUGUGAAUCUGCACACUGUUGUCUAUCCAAGAAUGUUAAACUGCAAUAG